AUGUUACCCGCAGGGCUUUGGAGGCGCAGAAUAUUUACUGCAUCAGGUUCCAGGAAACAUGAGAACCCUUUAGGCCUUCCUUCGAAUAAUACUCGUUCCCUUCCCCAAAUUCCCCGCAGAGGACCCAUCAGUAGAGGGUUACCUCCAAAACGCAAGAUCCCAAACGUCAAGCGCGUCGUCCUAGUUUCCAGCUGUAAGGGUGGUGUUGGGAAGAGCACGAUUGCCACUAACUUGGCUGUAUCACUAUCACUGCUUCCGCAACGGCUACGGGUAGGAAUAUUAGACUUAGAUGUCUUCGGUCCUUCUAUACCGACACUUAUGGGUUUGAAAAAUGUAGAAGAGCCUGGUCUGACACGAGACGGCGCCUUGAUCCCAAUCACGAAUCACAGUAUUCCGACCAUGUCGAUGGCAUAUCUCCUACCUUCAGCGUCCCACUCUUCAUCAUCGCCAUCGACGAACCCAGACUCUGAACCACCGACCAACGAAGACACGCCAGUCGUUUGGCGUGGUCUGAUGGUACAAAAAGCCGUACAACAACUUUUAUUCCAAACCGACUGGUCCGCUGGCGUGUCUCAGGGUGCUUCUUCAGGCUUGGAUAUCCUUGUCGUAGACCUUCCCCCGGGAACAGGAGAUAUUCCGCUCAGUGUUGGUCAGUUGGUUGAUGUGGAUAGUACCAUUAUAAUCACUACUCCCGAUGUACUGUCCCUGUCCGAUGUCCGCAGAGGUGUUUCCAUGUUCCGCAAACUCGAGAUACCUCUCACCGGGCUCGUCAUCAACAAUGGCUACUUUAUCUGCCCAAACUGCACCGAACGACACUACCUGUUUGGUGGCAACCCAAACGACUCAGAAAACAUGUUCACCAAAGGGGUCAAAGCAAUGGGGAUGGACGGUGAUAGAAUAAUUGGGGAGCUUCCACUAGUAGUCGAUGUGGGAAGAGGAGGCGAGAAAGGAAUUCCGUAUGCAUUGAGUGGGCGGGGCGUAGGGGAUAAUGAUCCAGGGAAGGUGUGGCUAGCAGCGAUGACCAGUGUUGCGGAACGGAUUUGGGGAGAAAUACAAUUUAACACAAACUAG